AUGACUUAAACAGGAACUCCAGUAUACAUGGCCCCUGAAAUAAUACAAGGAGGAAAUUAAAAUGAAAAAGUUGAUAUUUGGUGUUUGGGAGUUCUCAUAUUCGAAUUAUUAACAGGGAAAACUCCUUUUGAAGACUAAAAAGAUAAUAUAAGUUUAUAAUAAAUAAAUACAAAUAUUUUAAAUUAAGAAAUUAAUUUUGGAAAUGAUUUCCCGUUUUUGGCAAAGAAUUUAGUUUUAAAAAUGCUCGAUAAAAAUCCUUUAAACAGACCUAAUAUUGAUGAAAAAGUUUAUAAUUAUUUAAAUAUGAAUUCAUCAAAAUAAAUAUGUUAAUGCCCUACAUGGUGGAACUUAACUGCUUUAAAUUAUCAUUUCGAAUCUUAACCCCUUCCUAAUGUAAUUUCUUGGUAUUUUCAUAAUUUACCUGAUUAUAUAAAGAAAAUUUUUGUUGCCUAGAAUUUUAUUAUUUUAAUAGGAGGUACUUUACUUAUGUAUUUUCCUAUAAGGAAAUUUUAAAUUUUUGGAUUUUUAUUAGUAGUAAGUGAAUAAAUAAUGAUUAUUUUAACAGGAAAUUAUAAUUUUUUUAAUUUUUUAACCAUUUUAGUUUCUUUUUGUUCUAUAGAUGAUUCUUUCUUAUAAUCUAUUAUUCCUAAUUUAAUAUUUGUUAUUUUAGGUAUUAAAAAGCCAUUAAAAAAUAAAAAAUUAAAUAAUAUAAUAAAACAAAGUCUUUUAAAAGUUAUAUUUCUUAUUUUUAAAUAUUCCUAUUAAUAUUUUUAAUGA